AUGGAUCACAGCGUGAAGAACGAGGGGGAUGGCUCCACUGAAAUUGAAGUGGUCGAGACACCUCAGAGGACCGAGGGAUUAGAUCCCUCCAAUACCGCCGAGGUGGCGACAGCGCCUGACUCAAAGCAGCAAGAGGAUCCCUCUGCAGUGACCGACGAAGUAAGCCGUCUACGAGAGCUCCAGGCCGAUAUACGCGAUCAGGAUGACCUUGAAAGGGACAUAUCUCGUCAGGCCGACAGGUUGCUCAUGGAGCAAGCCGACGAACGCGACAAGAAGAGGUUGGAGAAGACCACUCUCGAAAAAGAGAAACUCGAGGCCCAGAUUCUUAAACUCCAUCAGCGUCUGUCGCAGCCAGUUGGCACGUCUGCUCGAGUCCGGUUAGAGAACGAGUUGAGCAAUCUAGAAUCUCGCAACGCCUCGCUAGAGAAUGACUUGAAAGAAAUCCAACAACGUAUUGACGACAGGCAUGAGGGUCUCGAAGCAGGUACUCAGGCAACCGGGACAGGGCGCAUGCCAAAUGAAUCUCGAAGAGAUUAUCUUAUCCGAACCGGGAAGAUAACGCCUUUUUCUAGGAUGGGCGCAGGCCCGAAUGAGGGUCCUCUUGCCAGCCUUCAUGACGCUCUGAUUGAUGCCGAGGAUGAACGUGACGAGGACGAGGCGUUGGAGCAACUGAAAGAUCGCUCAGCUGUUUCACACAGGAAUCUCGUCCGACCCGGAUUCGACUUUGACGAUGAGAGUACCGAUACAAGUAUCGCACAAACUCGGCCAAGCAAGAGACGAAAGCUGGAGGGUGGUGCACGCCGGAAGAAGGCCGGUAUCAAGCAAGAGGACUCCGAUUCCAUGGCAGCAGAUGAAGGUAAUGAGCUUUCUGAAGAUAAUGACGAGUCGGCAGAUUAUGUGGCAUCUGAAGAACAAGAAUCAUUGCUGGAGGACGAAGAAGAAUUUUUCCCUGACGGAAAGCCAGAGCGACCUGUAGCUCACAAAAAGGGGAAGAAACCUGGGGAUGAAAUGGAAGAUUUCAGCGGAUUGGACGACGGCGACGAGAGACUUUAUCAAUCGAGACUGCAGAGCUGGGUGAGUCGGAGAAGCGCCGCUCGAAAGCGUGCUUCUAAGGCGCUGCAAGCAAAGGAAGAGCAUGGGAAUACCAUUGAUGAGCAGGCCUCGACCGAAGAGGAUGAAUGGUUCCUGCCUCAUCCUACAGUACCAGAUGUGUCUUAUGACAAUGGAUAUCGCUUACCUGGGGAUCUCAAUCCUUACUUGUUUGACUACCAAAAAACCGGGGUGCAAUGGCUAUGGGAGCUAUACCAGCAGAAAGUGGGAGGGAUCAUCGGUGAUGAGAUGGGGUUGGGGAAAACGAUUCAAACAAUAGCUUUCCUAGCUGGACUGCAUUACAGCAAGAAACUGGACGGUCCUGUGAUUGUGGUAUGCCCUGCUACAGUUAUGAAGCAGUGGGUCAACGAAUUCCAUCGCUGGUGGCCACCUUUUCGUGUUUCCAUCUUGCACACGUCCGGGAGUGGCAUGGUUAAUAUCCGGAGCGAGAGCAGCAGAGAGGAUGCUCUCCUAGCUCAGACCUAUUCUUCUAGUUCGCGGGGAUUCACCAGCAACCAGAAGGCAGCAAGGAAGGUUGUUAAGCGUGUGGUGGAAGAAGGCCACGUUUUGGUCACUACCUAUUCUGGAUUACAAACAUACUCUCAUUUUCUGAUUCCAGUGGAAUGGGGUUGUGCAAUUCUUGAUGAAGGUCAUAAGAUUCGAAACCCGAACACUUCUAUCACCAUCCAUUGCAAGGAGCUUCGGACUCCGCACAGGAUCAUCCUCUCGGGUACCCCUAUGCAGAAUAACUUGACCGAGCUUUGGUCGCUUUUCGAUUUUGUGUUCCCGAUGCGCCUUGGAACGUUAGUGAACUUUCGGAACCAAUUCGAAUUCCCUAUCCGGCAAGGCGGAUAUGCGAAUGCUUCUAAUCUGCAAGUGCAGACAGCUGCCAAGUGUGCAGAGACGCUCAAGGACGCCAUCAGCCCAUAUCUUCUGCAGCGCUUCAAGAUCGAUGUGGCUGCGGAUUUGCCCAAAAAGACCGAGCAGGUGCUCUUUUGCAAGUUGACCAAGCCACAGAGGAUGGCAUAUGAAUCAUUCCUGAAAUCUGAAGAGAUGGAAUCCAUCCUCAAGGGACGCAGGCAGAUUCUCUAUGGAGUUGAUAUACUGCGCAAAAUAUGCAAUCACCCAGAUUUACAGAAUCAUAAGCUGCAAUCGCAUCAACUGGGCUAUGGAAAUGCGAACAAAUCUGGCAAGAUGCAGGUUGUCAAAUCUCUAUUGGAGUUGUGGAGAGACACCGGCCAUAAAACCCUACUUUUUGCCCAGCAUCGAAUCAUGCUGGAUAUCCUUGAGAAGUUCGUCAGGUCACUGUCUGGGUUCAACCAUCGGCGUAUGGACGGCACCACACCCAUACAGAACCGGCAAACCAUGGUUGACGAGUUUAAUAAUGACCCGAAUAUACAUGUCUUCCUACUCACGACAAAGGUUGGAGGGCUGGGAGUGAAUCUUACGGGUGCGGAUAGAGUCAUCAUCUACGAUCCAGAUUGGAACCCAUCGACAGACGUGCAGGCCCGGGAGCGAGCAUGGCGACUGGGUCAGAAGCGCGAUGUCAGCGUCUACCGCUUAAUGACCGCUGGAACAAUCGAGGAGAAGAUAUAUCAUCGACAGAUCUUCAAACAAUUCCUUACCAAUAAGAUCCUCAGAGACCCCAAACAGCGCCAGACUUCCUUUCAGUUGAGCGAUUUGUAUGACCUAUUCGCGCUCGGGGACGAGAAGCCAGGUGCCACGGAGACGAGCAAACUCUUUCAAGAAGCUCAGGUUACAUUUCAGGGAGACGGUGACGGCAAUACUCAACAGCCUACCAAAGCCGAGGACGCCUCAUCUGACAUGCAAGCCGAAAAGAACGGCAUCAGCAAAGUAGUGGGUGUCUCGUCCGUGGAGAGAUAUCAGGGCGAGUCGGAGCAGCCCAGCGAUCAGGAGAAAGGGGCUGGAGGCGUUAAGUCAGAGUCACGCAUCAUGGAAGGCAUUUUCGCUCGCUCUGGCGUACACUCGGCUUUGGAGCACGACCAGAUUGUCAACGGCAAACGGGUUGUCCGAGCAGACCCCAAGAUCAUCGAGGCGGAGGCCAAGAGGGUAGCUGCCGAGGCCGCCGAGGAGCUGCGGCGAGCUGGUGAAGCAGCACGGUCUGUUCCCAUUGGGACUCCCACCUGGACAGGUCAAUUUGGAGUCGCAGGGAGGCCGGAGGAAAGACCUCUCCCUUCAGCAUUUGGCGGACGAAGCAGUACUGCGCGGCGAACGGCGGCCGGCCCCUCGUCAGCGAGCAUUCUGGCUAACCUCUCCGCACGGACACCGUCGUCCCGGAGCGCCACGAACAGCCCUGCACCGUCCAGGACUCCCACUGGCGUGGAUUUCAUGACGAUGAUUCGAGACUACAUCUUGUCGCAGGGUGGAGCCGUUUACACACAGAUGCUGAUCGACCACUUCAACCGUUACUGUACCACACCCCAGCGAUCGGCCGAGUUUAAGGAAAUGCUUAAGACAAUUGCCGUGCUCGAAAAGGGUGGGCGAAACGGGCGAGGACGAUGGUCGCUGAAACCCGAAUUCGCCAAGGUGAAAUAA